CCCCAUACAUCUCAUAUGAUCAUAUGCCAUGCGAAUCAGCUCCACGUCUAUUUCCGUUCGCGCCUUGCCUUGUCUCGGUCGAUCCAUGUGGAUUCAAGUGAAACAACAAGGUCAAAGGAGGGCGACGACAUUCGCAGUUCAAUCGCGAUCAGGUGAUGGACCAGUCGCGCCAGUCGAUUAGUGAGCUAGCAGGUGCGCCAUGUGCCCAAACAACUAUAUAAGUAUCCCAGCGACGAACGCAAGAAGACAACACUCGCCCAUUCCCGACAAAAGAAAGUCAAAUUAAUCCCACUCAAUCAUCUAACAUGAUCUGCCCUACACUUCUCACCCUCAUUGCGGCACUUAGCUUGACCACCGCCACUCCGGUCAAACGUACUGACGCAUACCUGUUGCACGCGAAAAACAGUCCCGACAACUGCCUCGGAACCACCGGAGAUCUCUACAACGGGAUCAGCCUCCAGAACGUUCCUUGCUCCGAGGCCGAGACCAACCCGCGAUUCAAAGGCAAGUGGGAGAUCGUCCGCGGGAACAACGAGAACGGGAUCAGGCUCUCUGGGACGGAUUAUUGCUUGGAUGCUACGUUGCCUUUGACCGAUACGGGGGAUAUCACGCUGUGGACUUGUCUACCUGGGACCGCUCAGCAAACGUUCUACUAUACCGAUGACGACCAUAUCGCCCUAACAGACCAAAACAGCUGUCUAGACUUCAACGCAGGCGGGUGCGGCCAAUUCACCUGUGCGCCAGGUCGGAGGGCUUGUGGAACCGGGCCGGACGCUCUGGCUGGAGGACAAGAAUGGACCGUCGUCUGAAGUUCUGACCGAGAACUGAUGUUGCCGGCGAUGGUGUUGAUAGUAGUGACCAGGGUCAGGAUGGUACAGGCGGAAAUUAGAGCGUUAUCAGUUGGAAGCGGAACUAAGCGCAAACGAAUGGAGCCUUUGAAUCGUGAUGUACAAUGUAAAUCAGCCGAAACAAGUCACCAGUAGGAUAAACAAUGCA